AUGGCAGUUGGUCUUCGAUCUGAGUUAUCCAAACCAGUUGAUCAGAGAAACAGCACUGCCAAGGGAGUGCGGUCUAAGGAGAUGGAGGUGGAAGGCGACUCUGAAGAAACAGUGGUAGGAAACAAAGCGAGAUACCAAGUGUCCCGCGAUCAAGCAGUUCAAGAUCCCACACCCUCCCAUUCACGGCGACGACGACUUCUCUUAUCGACCGAUAGCGCAUUCGCCGAUACGGUACUCCCAUCCUUCAUCCACAACCCAAACAUCGAGCUGCGCCUGAUCACAGACGAGCCCUCGGCGUUGCUCACUGGCACGAACAAGAUCCCACACUAUAUGGAUACGGUUGACAGCCAAACUUUUGACAAGAAGACCGGGGCGCGAAAAUGGCUGAAGGCAAAAACUGCGGAGCUUUGUGAAUGGGCGGACAUGCUGUUGGUUGCGCCUAUUGAUGCUGGAGCUCUUGGUGCGAUGUUAGCUGGUUUGACAAACACCUUGACCUUGGCGCUGCUUCGCGGUUGGGUGUCAAAGAAACCAGUCGUACUCAUUCCAGGAAUGACUGUGUCUGAAUGGGACCACCCGCUAAGCUCUCGUCAGCUGGAAGAAAUAAGCAGUUACUGGCCUUGGGUCCGCAUUGUCAAGCCUGUCCUCUGGAAGUCAAAUGGACCUGAAGAAUUGACCAUACUUCCAUGGGACGGACUAAAGGAGUUACAUAAAACAUUGGAAACAACAUUAAAACUUCCUUCCUGGGAUGCGACUUUGACCCGGGCUAAUUUGAAUGGCGUGUCGCCAGUCACUAAGACUGCAUCGGCAACUAUAUACUCGCCAUUAGCCUCGGGAAGUGGCACUGGCUCUGCAGUAAGGAGCAUCCCGAAAUCUGAAGGCAACGCCCAUUUUUUACCGCUCGAGAUAUGGCUGAACGUUUUUGAGGAUCAGCUUGGAGAUUGGGAAACAGCAAAAGCUGUUGGCAUUCCUUCGAAUCUCCCUGUUCCUCAAGAAUGGCAAAAUCAUUUACUCAAAAUGUCCACACCAGCUUCACUUGAAUAUACCAUCCUGCGAGGAUCUUUUGCUGCAAUCAAAAAGCGAAUCGACGCCCUUCCUCGCUGGAAACCGCUUUCUGAUCUUGCGUGCCACCUAAUUGUCAAAUUUUCCCGAACCGACAUCCUCUCAUAUCUCACUGAAAACCACUUGGACCUGCUGUGGACAACUUCUCGACUAACCAAUAUUCCUUAUCGCGCAUCUGCAAUUUACGGCAAUCCAAAAGUUCUUACCUGGUGGCGCGAUGCGCCCGCUCUCCCAAACAAAGAAUACAUGGCAGAUGCCAUGGACGGUGCCUCCCGAGCCGGCUAUCUCCACGUCCUAGAUUGGUGGCUCCAUUCCGGCCUUCCGUUACGAUACAGCGAGCGUGCCCUCGAAGCUGCCAGCGCUGAAGGCCGAAUCGACGUUCUUGAUUGGUGGAAGACUGCUUCCACAAACGCCCCGGCACAUAGCCCUGUGCCCCUCAAACCCGGAAAAUCUGUUCUUCUCGCAGCACAGUCGGGUCGCACUGCAUCACUCGCUUGGUGGGAUGCAUCUGGCAUUCCAUACAGUCACGCUGAGAACGUUGCUCGCAUCUCAAGCACUCACGGCCACGUACACGUUCUCGAGUUUUGGUACCAACUCAAGGGUCCCAAGAUGAUAUUCGAUAACCAGGUACUAGUCGGCCCUACGAAGAACGGACACGACCAUGUGCUGCAAUGGUGGAAGACCUGUGGGAUGCGCGUUGAGUUCAAAACCUGCGAUAUCGAGGAAGCGCUCGAAGACGCAGAUCCUACAUCUGGUGCCGAGGGUCGUGUCCGGCGCUGGUGGGAACGGAAUGGACUCAAUCUUGGAGUUGGAACGAGCGAAUGGAUGAGAUCGAAAGUUUUGUGA